AUGAUGGCGAUGAUGAUGACUGGCCGUGUGCUGCUGCUGGUGUGUGCCCUCUGCGUGCUGUGGUGCGGUGCCGGCGGUUGCGCUGAGAAUGAUGCGGAGGUGGUGGAGAUUCCUGCCGGUGGUAAAGGUGCGGUGGGGUCGACUGGAACUUCAGUGCCAGGUCCAGGCGUCUCAGUUUUAAGAAUAGAUGUGCCCAAUGUUAAUCAAUCAAAAGAAACAUCUGCAGUAAAAUCUUUUGAAGGAAACGAAGUUAAAACUGAUCAACAGGAUGUUGUUAAUGGAGUGGAGGAUGAAAAAAAUAAUAACUCUUCAGAGCAUUUAGAAGAAACUAUGGAAGAUGGUCCAGGAAAAGAAAGAACAGAGCCGCCAUUACAAAACGUAGGACAAGAAGAAAUACAGCCGCCACAAUUGCAAGUGAAUUUGCCACAGAAAGCGCAGCCACAACCGCAACAGUCACAACCGCUACCGCCAUCAGCGCCUCAGCCACACAUUUCCGCUUCAGAAGAGGGUAAAGGCGUUGGCGAGAACAAUACGGGUGGAGAAGGUCAGCCCUCAUUGGGAGUACAAGAUAUUGGAAACGCGGCUCCAAAGAACCCCAGAAAAGAAGACUUAUUAGAGGGUCCAGGUAAGGAAUCAGAAAGCAGUGAACAGGUUCAAACGACAGUGCCAAACACAGUAACGCCGGAGCACAAAACCCAAAAUGAGAUGUUAACUCCGGAACAAAAGACCAAUGAAGGCCAAAGCACGGAUACAUCCACGAACAUACCCGAACUACAAAAGGAAAAUAAGAAAUACCCUGCCUUUGCAGAAGUUACGGCGCAGAGUACAUCAACUGGCAGUCAAGAAAAAGAAGCUGAGCCAUCUACAAGCGAAGAACCUUCUCCUCUUGAGGAGGAACAAUCCACAGGGACGAAGACAAACGAGGAUGCUCGAACUCCGGAUGCUGCAGCGACAGAAAAACGCCAAAAUGGCGAUAAUGAAAAGGUUGGCGACAGUGACGGCAGCACCGCGGUCUCCCACACCACCUCCCCUCUUUUGCUUCUUCUUGUUGUAUGUGCGGCUGCUGCUGCGGUGGUGGCCGCGUGA